GAUCGACCAGUAGACCGGUAUGACGUGUUGUUUAAUACGUGUAGCUACUAAAAGUGAACAUGAAUAAAAAUAAGUUAAACACUCCACCGGAAAUAAUUGUAACAGCUUGCGUUUCAGCGGGACUUUCUACUAUUCUAUCAUUAACGAAUAUAGUGCUAUGUGUACUAGCUCUGAUAUUCCGUUACGAUUGCGAUGUUGGUGACUUGGCAAAUUCUACUGGCGCUGAUUUUUUCUUGGUAACAAUUGCCAAACUUUAUGUUCAAGAUGAAACCUGUGCUCCUUUACAUUUAGAGGACCUUACAAAGGUUCACUCAGUCUUCAUACUAACAGUUCUAAUCUUAGUGUUCGCCGUCAUUAAUCUUGUCGCAUCCAUUGCACUAAUAUCAGUUGUAAUUAAGGAAGAUGGUCCCGCUCCGAAUUUGGAUAUCAUAACCUAUGUUUACGUCGGUGCCUGCUUAGCAUCUUUAGUGGUUGAUCUAACCCUAGGCGUGCAUUUUGGAAUGGACUACCAAACUGUAACAGAUCUCUUGAGCAAAAAUUCGCCCGGCUUGUUGAUGAACUAUCAAUUAGACAUGAUUCGGCUAGGAGCUUUUCUAUUGAUGACCAUAGCGCUCAAGGGAUUCGUUGGUUAUGCAAUGAGCAUCGUUCUUCUCAUUCUACUGGUAUCUUACAUAGUCGACUUUCAACAAAAAAUACAAGAAAAUGAGCAUCCAAUCCACAAAUUGGGAGUGUUGAACGCAUUUGACUCAGACAAAAGAUAUGAAGAUCCUUGGAAUGCUCGACGCCAUGACGUAUUUAUGAGGGGUUCUUCGUUGAACCAACCCCUUGAGGAAGAACCCCAUCAUGUUCCAAUGAGAGCGAAUCCUUUAAACCAAGAGAAUACAAAUAAUCCGAAAAGAGUAGAAGAUCCAUGGAAUUUGCAUCGCAACGAUAUGUUCAUGGGUUAUCCAAGAGGGCCUCAAGUAAAUCCAGCCUUCAAUGACGACGAACCUCCUAGAGCUCCUAUAAAAGAAAACCCCUUGUCUGAUUACAGGAACAAUAAACGGCCCGACACAUGGCUGCACGGUCAAAAUAGUCCAGGGCCAGGUCUAGGAUCACGUCCGUUUUCAUACCUUGAGGAACCGAAACGACCUAUACCUGUGAAGCCACCUACAACACCUACAAAUGAACCACAAUGGCGACGUGACGCUUGGCCUCCAGCGCCUCCUGUACCUGACCCAGACUACAGUCCACCACCUCGAAGACUAAAGUCGGCCCUCAAGUCAAAUUAUCCAUAGAAUCCGAAAAAUCCGAAUAAUAAUUUCUUAAAAGUUGAGACCUGUAUUACCUUAGAAAAAUUUAAUAUGCAAAUACAUAGUACUUAUUUACUAAA